UUUGAUUAAUUUUAGUUAUGAUAAGAUUAAGAUUUUAGUAUAAUAAUAGUCGUUGAGUUUAGUGCUUGUAUUUUUGAUGUGUUGUUAAUAAUUAGUAAAUUUUUACGUUCAGUAUGUCUAACAUAAAGUCCAAAAACAAUUUCAUGUCUAGUAGGUAAUUUAAAUAAUUCUUAUUGAACUUAAAAUGCGUUACUUAUAAAAUAUGGCAGGAUCUAGAGAAGAAAAAUGUGAAAAUUUAAAUCAAAGUGAAACGUUGCUUGAAGAAACUUUUUACGUUUUAUCUAAGAAGAAAUCAGUCUUCCGUGUAAAACUUUCAAAAUUAGGGUUAUGUUUAAUAAAUGAAAGCGAAGAAUUAAUAAAGGAACAGUUGAUUUCGAUUAAUGAUAUAAUAGGAUGCCGUUGUUUACGAAGUAAAAAGCAGAAAAACAGUUGUGCAUGUCAGUCUUUAGCACGAACAAGUUCUAUUAAAGUGGUUGAUGAAAAAUCUGGUGAUCAUGAUGAUGAAGAUAUAAGUGCUUAUUUGUAUAUCUAUGCAUACAUUCUACAAAAUAAUGGAAGUAACAUACAUAGGGAUCGAACAAUAAUAACUUUACGUUUUCGAUCAUUUGAUAAGUAUGAGGAUAAUUAUAAAGAAGCGCAGAGAUGGAGAACAGUUAUAAAGAAACUAUUAAAUGGUGAAUCAAUUGAGAAAAAGAAUAUUUUCGAAUUUGGGGCAAUUAUUCCAUUGAAAGAGGACAGGAGACUUCUGUUUUUAUUAAAUCCUAAGAGUGGAGCAGGACGAGGUCGUGCUCUCUUUCAGAAAAAAGUAGUUCCUAUCUUGCAAGAAGCUGAGGUUCCUUAUGAUUUGCAAAUAACAAAAUAUGCAAACUAUGCUCGAGAAUUUAUGAGAACUGCUAAUGUUUUUCAGUGGACCACAGUUGUUGCUGUGGGAGGUGAUGGUAUAUUAUUCGAGGUCCUUAAUGGUGUGUUUGAAAGACCCGACUGGUUGGAAGUUCUAAAUCGCAUUGUUUUUGCCAUUAUACCUAGUGGUUCGGGAAAUGGGCUUGCUCGUACCAUCGCACACCAGUUUUCUGAACCUUAUCAUCCACAUCCAACUCUUGCCGCUACCUUAGCUUUAGUGAAGCGACAUGUUGAACCGAUGGAUAUUGUUCGAGUUGAGACACGUUCCAAAAUUAUGUUUUCAUUCCUGUCGGCAGGUUGGGGUUUGCUUUCGGAUAUUGAUAUCGAAAGCGAAAGUUUACGAAUGCUUGGUGGCCAGAGAUUUACCUUAUGGUCGCUAGCGCGACUCAUAGGUUUACGUAGUUAUACAGGAAAAGUAUCCUACUUACCUCUCGAUGAACGGCAACAGCAACAGUUACCAAAAAUGAGUACAAAAACCUCGGUUGAUCCUGCGAACGUGGAUUUUCCUGAUGAAGUUCUUUUAGAAACAGCAGAAAUGCGUACUAGAUUAGGUUCAUGGUAUAGCGCUGCUUCCCGCCGCAGUGCCUAUUUCUCUAUGGUUGGUAGUGUGUAUCAGUCAACUACUGGAAGUAAUAAUGAGGAGGAUGAGGAAAACGGCACUAAGACUCCUUUGGUGUAUGGUCCUGGGUCUCAAGUGGCAGCACUGACCGCACCAGUUCCAGACAAUUGGGUUUGUCUUGAAGGUCAGUUUGUUAUGGUGCAUGCAUCCUACCAAAGUCAUUUGGGUGAAGAUUGCCUUUUUGCUCCUCGAUCUAAAUUGAAUGAUGGUAUCAUAUGGUUGUUAAUAGUGCAUGCAAAAGCAACUCGAUCGCAAUUAUUGCAUUUUUUGCUGGGCCUAAGCACAGGAGCACACGCAACUUCGAAAGACGCAAGUGGAAGUAUAGAGCUGGUACCUUGUCUGGCAUUUCGCAUCGAACCAGAUGUAAGUGAACAAGGUUACAUUACAGUGGAUGGUGAGCAUGUGGAAUAUGGCCCCAUACAGGCUGAAAUUUUCGCGGGAUUAUCUCGGAUUUUGGUUCCAUGAUCGAAGGACCCCGGUGUUUGUGGAAACCCGGAAAGAAAAGCCAAAAAGAGGUCGUCGUUAGGUAUUGUGGGAUUGUUAUCAUCAGCGGAACCUCUUCUUGUGAGGAUGGACAGUUUUUAAGAGAAGCCCGGAUUUAUAUUUAGUGGUUUCCUUUAAUUGCUUCAUAUUCACACAUUUCUCAUUACGACUUUAGUUGGAUUGGUAUUGGAGAAAGUUCGUUUACUAAUAUAUUUUCCGGUAGGUAAGUUGUAUUUACAGUUAAGUAAAAGGGAUGACAAAAAAUGCGUUUUAUUUUUUUAAUAUGGUAAUAUUUAAACUUCUAUUAAAACUGAGUGCUAGAUCUUUCAACAAGAUCUUAAAAAAUGAAACAGUAUCAUAAAUACCGCUAGCGCGAUGUCAGAAGCGAGAGAGAAUGGUGCCGAGAGGCUCAGGCCCGGCAGAUCAUCUUCGGCUCCGGUGGGUAGUUGACUUUACGCAAUCUGGAUGAUUGAAUAAUGUUGAAACUAUUAUAUGACACUACUAAUACCAAUUAAUCAAUUUUGCAUUUUAUAUAUCCUAUUUCGCCUAUAUUUUUCAUGUUGAUCGUUUUGUUUAAGAUUAACCCUUAACCCUUAAUAGCUGAUAUUCCCGACUUAAUGUUUCUAAUAACGCGAGGAAUUGUUUGCGCGGUUCAAAAGUAAGUAAACAUUGGUACAAACAUUUGCAAGUCACUUUGAUAAAAGUAAAAGUAUGUAUAAGUAAAUAUAACAAAAAGGUUGGAGUAAAAUAGCUUUUAAUGCAUUCACGUUAUAUCGAUACGGGAUAGCAAGAGUUGCGACUAUACAGUACGCAUGCGUAACAAUGGGCUUCUCGCCAGCGUUCUCUUUCCUAGUGUUGCGGUAGAGUUAGUAUAGAGGUAGAUGAGGAUUAUGCGCUCUGUUGUAUCUCUACGGUUAAACCACUUGCAUUUAAGUAUGUAUUGACCAUUUUUAUUUAAAUACUGACUUUAUUUGAAUACUGACCAUUUAUAUUUCAAUACUAACUGUUUAUGUUUAAAUACUGAUCACCAAAGGGGAUACUGACCAUAUAGAUUUAAAAAAUAGCCAAAAGGAAUUGAAAUACUAACCA